AUGAAUAUUUCAAAUAAUGCUUCUGUGUUUCCUGUUAAAUUAUGGAAUAAUCAUAUACUAAAUUCAUCAGUACCGUUGACAUCUGAAAAUACACAAAAAACACAUAGUGUUAAUGUCCAUCAAAAGAUAGAUCUUAGUUCAGAAAAACUUCUGAAAUUAAAUCCGUAUCCAAUCUUAAGUACUGAUCAAAGCUUAAAAAAUUUAAAUAUCUCAAAUAAAUUAUCCAAAUCUCCCCAUUCAAUAGAUACUCAAAAAAUACUUGGUGCUAAUCUACAUCAAAAGGUAGAUCUUAGUUCAGAAAGACUUCUGAAAUUAGCUCCGUAUCCAAUCUUAGGUGUGGAUUCUAGCUUGAAAAAUUUAAAUUUCUCAAAUCAAUUAUCCAAAUCUCACCAUUCAAUAGGAAAUCACGAGCAAAAAAAUAUUUCUGAACAACAUUCAGGCUUAAGAUUAAGUUUAUUUUCAAAUAUGCCUCCAUACAUACGAUUUUCUUCGCAUGAUGUAAAAGGUGAAUCAUUUCCAAUAGAUUUGCAAAUACUACUGAAAUGGGAAUUAAGUUCCAUCACUCCAUAUAUUGUACGUCAAAUUAUUCAAAACAGUGGUUUAAAAUUAGUGAGAAAAACUAUUGAUUAUUUUGGAACCUGGGGUAAACAUAUGAAAUCGCUAUAUUUUAAAAAUCUUCGUGAUCAACAAAAGUUUAAUCAUAUUCCGGGAACAUUUGAAAUUGGACGUAAAGAUAGAUUAUGGAAAAACUUGUAUAGGCUCAUGUCGAUAUAUGGAAAUGAUCAAUUUGGUUUUAUACCUACAUCAUACAUAUUACCUCGUGAUGUUAAUAUCUUAAGAGAAGUCUGGAAAGAAAAUGAUGAAGAUAAAUGGAUUGUUAAACCGCCAGCAUCUGCUAGAGGAACUGGAAUUCAUGUGAUAUCAAAAUGGAGUCAAAUACCAAAGAAAGUACCUUUAGUUGUACAAAGGUAUAUUGACAAUCCUUAUUUAAUCAAUGAUACAAAAUUUGAUUUAAGACUAUAUAUACUCAUUACUUCAAUUAAUCCACUCCGGAUUUAUUUGUAUGACAAUGGGCUUGUACGAUUUGCUUCAGUCAAGUACUCAUCUGAUCUUACUACUAUAUCUGAUCGAUAUAUGCAUUUGACCAACUACAGUAUUAACAGACUCAGUAGUCAGUAUACAGAAAAUGAAGAUCCUAAUGCAUGUCAAGGGCAUAAAUGGACAUUGCGAUCAUUGUGGAAAUACAUGGAAAGAGAGCAUAAAAUUGAUGUUAAAAAGUUAUGGGAUAGUUUGGCCGAUUUAGUAGUUAAAACAGUAAUCAGCGGAGAAUUUCCUAUAAGCCAAAUGUGUUCAUCAAACCUAGGUAGCAGAUACAAUGCAUAUGAGUUAUUCGGAAUCGAUGUUUUGUUUGAUGAAUAUCUUAAACCUUGGAUAUUUGAAGUUAACAUAUCUCCUUCUCUACAUACUUCUUCUCCACUUGAUGUGACAGUCAAAGGGCCAUUAAUUAAAAACUUAUUGAAUAUGGUUGGUUACCAUAUACCAAACAAAAUGUCACUUAUUACACAUAAUACAUUAAUUGAGGUGUUAGGAGUCAAUUCACCACUAUGUUAUGAUAAAAGAAUAUAUACAUUUAAUUUAUCAGCUAAAGAAAAAAAAAAACAAGAAUAUUUUGCAAAUGUUAAAUCUAGAGAAGAAUAUAUUAACACCAUAUUAGAAGAUCUUUUACCAGACGAUGUUCGACAUCUUAUUACAUAUGAAGAUGAACUCAACGAAAUUGGAUCAUUUCAAAAAGUAUUUCCAACUACUUCAACUUUUAAAUAUCAUGAAUUUUUUGAUGGUCCCCGGUAUUAUAAUAUGCUUUUUGAUGCAUGGGAAUGUAAAUACAGCGAGAAAAGAGAAGAAGGUAUUGCUGUGUUGGAAAAAUUUUGUCAGUUACAAGUUCAUUUAGAAGUGUCAGACGUUAAUGAUCAACAACAAUCAAAAACUUGUGAUACUUUCCAAGAUACACAAAUGGAAGUUGAAAGAUCAGACACUGAUAAAAUUAAUGACCAUCAACAAGCAGUCAUUAGGUAUCCUAUUUAUAUUUUGGCUUUUGUGGAGUUAUAA